AUGACACCUGGAGAGCUAGCCCUUGCCAGCGGCAACCACACCCCAGUCACCCAAUUCAUCUUGCUGGGCUUCUCCGAUUAUCCAGACCUACAGCAGCUUCUCUUUGGAGUCUUUCUGACCAUCUAUGCCAUGACAGUGGUGGACAACCUGGGGAUGAUGGCCCUCAUCUUCACAGACACGCGUCUCCAUAGCCCAAUGUAUUUCUUCCUCAGUGUCCUCUCUUUUCUUGACAUCUGUUACUCCUCGGUGGUCACACCCAAGCUCUUGGUCAACUUUCUGGCCUCUGACAAGUCCAUCUCUUUUGAGGGCUGCGUGAUCCAGCUGACCUUCUUUGUGAUCCACGUGACCACCGAGAGUUUCCUUCUGGCCUCGAUGGCCUACGAUCGCUUCAUGGCCAUCUGCCGACCCCUCCACUAUGGUUCCGUCAUGACCAAAGGGACCUGUCUCGAGCUGGUGGCUGCUUCCUAUGCAUUUGGUGGAGUCAAUUCCGCUAUCCAGACUGGGAAUGUCUUUGCCCUGCCUUUCUGUGGACCCAACCGGGUCACACACUACUUCUGUGACAUCCCACCCCUUCUGCGUCUAGCUUGUGCCAACACCGCCACAGCAGGAUCGGUUCUCUAUGUCUUCUCUGCACUGGUUACGCUGCUUCCUGCUGCAGUCAUCCUCGCCUCCUACGGCUUGGUCUUGGCAGCCAUUGGGAGGAUGCGCUCUGCAGCUGGACGAGAAAAAGCCCUCUCCACGUGUGCCUCCCACUUUCUGGCUAUUGCCAUUUUCUAUGGCACUGUGGUUUUCACCUAUGUCCAGCCCCAUGGAUCCACUAAUGAUGCCAAUGGCCAAGUGGUAUCUGUCUUCUACACCAUUAUAAUCCCCAUGCUCAACCCCUUUAUCUACAGCCUCCGCAACAAGGAGGUGAAGGAUGCCCUACUGAGAAAGCUCCAGACCAAUCUCUUCCCAUGGUGA